GAUUCAUAUCGUCACCAGAAAUGAUGGGUUUCGCCAUGUCCAAGGAAAUAUUUGAGUUUUAGUUUAUCCAUCCAUCCUCAAACCCACUCUAUUCCCUUCAGGGUGACAUGGUUGCUGGAGCCUAUACUUCAAAGGCUUGUUUUUGUGUGAGUUUGUGGGGGGAUGACCAUAUUUGGUCAAGAGCAUCAGAGCUUUGAAGGUUCUUUCUUCUUCUGAAUAAAAACUCUUGACUGUUGAACUGAAAUCCUGAAACCCUGUUGGAGUCGACAUGAACGCGUGAGCAGCGGCAGAACGCUGGUCUGAUGCUGAGAACCUGACAGAAGAAGGAACUCGACAACAAUUGGAGGAAGUUCCUGCAUGUUCUGAGGAAACUCCGACUCCGGGCUUAGCUUAUUUGGAAAAUGUUUCUGUGGGUUUUUACUGAAAAAGCAGAUCUUGGUGGAUCUGAACGCUGGAUGACAUCGGCGUUCUGUCCUCUAAGGUGUUUCAGGGAGUCGCUUUGUUGAAUCCUUUAGUUCCAAAGGAAGUGAUGCAGGAGGAAGCAGCUCUGCUUCCCACAGUCCUGUCCCUCACAGAUAAGCUCUUCUAAAUUUAAAGCCUGAGAGGGAAGGAAGCUUGACGGCAACGCGGCACUCCAGACAUGACCAGCGGGGAGUGAAGGUCCAGAAAAAUGGCUCAGAAUGACACCAACCUCUUCUGGGAAAUCCUUCACUCCUUCAACCUCGGUGACAUGGUUCUGGCCUUCUCUCUGUCCGUGCUUGUGGGCCUGCUACUGGGGGCUCUGGUCUACGUCCUGCUGACCUGGGCGUCCCGGCGCCGGGCUUCGGCCCGGAUCACCAGGCGCUCCAAGAGGAGGUCUCCACAGAUGUGUGCCUCCCCCUGUAGCCAGCUGGGGCUCUACAGGAGCACCUUCCUCACCGUCUACCGGCAGCCGUCGCUGGAGCCCGUCGGCCAGCUGGGCAGCAAGCUCCGCCCAGAGGCGUCCACCUUCCGCCCCCUGUCCAGUAGGAAAAAGGCCCCCCUGGAUCCGGAGGGGGAAGCUCGUGGGAACCCGUCUGAGGAGAUGUCAAACUGGGAUUCUGAGUCUUUGGUGCCAAACAAGAGACACUCCUUCUGGCUGGGGGGCAACGGCCUGAAAGGGUUUCUGAACGCCGCCCCCCCUGCCUAUGACGCAGCCGUCCACUGCUUUGCAGAGACCUCCACCUGAGGUCUCCACAAAGGGGGCGUGUCCCACUGGAAUCAGGUCAGAACCUGGAACUCAUGCAGCAUGUCUGAAUGUUCUGACCCGUUCUGGAGCUUCUGUCCGGCAGACACCGGAUGUUUGGUGCUUGGGUUCAGGUUUGGGAGGACCGUUCUGAGCUGGAACACAAGAGAAGCUCCUCAACUGAAGAGGAGGAUGUUGACCUUCAUCCUCCAUCCUCCUCCUCAGCUUAGGGAUGAAGGCCUCUGCAGAAGCGGCUUUAAUGACGUCACUGUGACUCUUUUCAGCGUCCCGUCUGUGAUUGACAGUCCCCCCAGCAGGUGGACCUGACGCUCCAGUCCAGACCUGGUUUGGGGGAAACCCCCUCCAUCCCAUCCUCAUGGACUAAAGCAGGGGUGGCCAGCCCCGCCUGUUUUCCAGCUCUCCCUCACCAGCUUGCUGCUGAUUGGCUGACUCAAGGCAUUUCACAUCCUGAUUGGCUGAACACACCUCCUUUAGGUUCUCAGCAUCAGGCAGGAAAACAGGCGGGGUUGAGGCUCUUGAGGAUUGGCCACCUCUGGACUAACGGAACCCGCUGUGAGGAGAACCUCAUGUCCAAAUAAGGACUGGAGGAACCAGUGACGUCAGGAGCAGCAAACGCGUCCUCCUCUUCCUCUGGACCCCUUUCAGAUUCUUUCCGGUUCUGAAUGUUUGUGUUUUUCCUUUGGGAAAUGUUCCCGUUUGUCUGAAUAAAUGAAGCAGCUGAUUGACAUGAA